CAGGGUAUAUUGCUUCAUUAUUGACUCGAUGCUUGUUAUACCACUUAAUAUUGCCUUGUCACAAAGAGAUCAAAGCAUCUACAAAUUUCCUCUGUCCUUCUCAAGCUUUAAUUGCGCUUUUUGUCGAUCCUAUACCGUCACACUGGUGCUGUGCUCUUGUAAGUUAAGGCUGAAAAUAGGCAGUUUCCAGAACAACAACACUGCCAGAACAGACCCGGUCCUGCAAGUUAUUCUCCAAACUCAGCCUCGUCGCCGUUAGACUACAGUACCGUUCCCUGCCCGCCAUGGCAGCAAACACAGAGGAUGGAGGGCCAAGCCUCCAGAAUGAGACCACAACUAAUGCAGCCCCGGAGACUGGGAUUACUGCCGACGAGAUUGCCCUGUACGACCGUCAGAUCAGGCUCUGGGGCGUCAAGGCCCAAGAGAAGAUCCGCAAUGCCAACGUUCUCCUCAUUAGCAUGCGAGCACUCGCGAAUGAAAUCGCAAAGAACCUCGUACUGGCAGGCAUCAAUUCCCUGACGAUAAUCGAUCACAGCAUACUCACGGAGAGGGAUUUGGGCGCACAGUUCUUUGUUUCGGAGACUGAUGUUGGGAAAAACAGGGCUGAAGCGGCGGCACCACAGGUCCGGAACCUCAACCCGAGAGUCAGUAUCAUAGUCGACACGGAUGAUAUCAGCAUCAAAGGGCCUGGAUACUUUCAGAGUUACGAUAUAGUGAUUGCGACAGACCUUCUCCCGGAUACCCUCAACCUCAUCAAUACAGCAACGCGAGUGAACAACAAGCCUUUCUACGCGGCAGGCGUGCAAGGGCUCUACGGCUUCAUCUUUGCCGACCUCAUACAACAUGACUACGUUAUCGAGCGUGAGAAGGGCAAUAGAGAAACACUAUUACAGCCAGAGACACGGACACGCUCAGUCAUCGACGCGAAAACCAAAAAGGAAGGCGGAAAGCUCAUAGAGAUGGUCACCAAGCGCGAAGUCUAUUCAACCUGGUUCCUAGCCAGCGACACCGCGCCUCUACCCCAAGAUUAUGCAAAAAGCCGCCGCCGUCUAAAGGCCGUCACCCCAAUCCUAUCGUGCUUCCGCGCCCUCUGGGAAUUCCAACAAAUCUACGACGGCCGCUUCCCAAGCAACCACGCCGACAUCGCCGCCUUCACUACCCUAGCGACAUCAAAACACCGAGCCCUCGGCCUCCCGACAGAGACCCUGCGCGCCGAGGUCCUGCGCAGUUUCCUGCGGAACCUAGGCGGGGAGGUCGCCCCCGUAACAGCUAUCCUAGGCGGCCAGGUAGCGCAGGAUGUAAUCAAUGUGCUCGGGCAGCAGCAACAGCCCAUCCAGAACCUAGUGCUCUUCGACGGGAAUCUCAUGGAGGCGCCGGCUUACGCCCUCCACCCCGACGGCGAUCUGGGUGUAGCGCUGCUCCCUCUUUCCGCGGCGGCGCAGAACGGGAAUGCGCCCGGUGCGCCAAAUGGAGUGAAUUGAUUUUUGGUUGGAUAGCUGGCCCAAGGCGACGCUGUGUAUCCCGCCACGUACUGGUUCGCGGCCUGGGGAAAACGGGCGCCGCAGAACGGGGUCUAGGCGUAAUAAGGCGUUGGAAAGUAGAGCAUAGAUACCAAGCAAGAUAUUAAUCUUCAUUUUCCCCUUCUCCCUCACUCCCACUGUCCACCUCCUCCCUUUCACUGUGAUCCGCCGCAACAUCCUCCUCUUCCAGCUCUUCCAAUUCCGACAGCCCUUCCACAGCCUCCUUUUCCCCCUCGUCGCUGUCAUCAGCCCCUCUCUUCCUCUUAGAAACUACAGGUGCAACCUCGUCCUUCUUCACAAACACGUAACUCCUCGCCGGCCUCUCCUCCCCCUUCCACCCCGUCUCACUCACCUCUCCCGCCCCCGUCUUUACAACCCCAGUCGUACGCGCGUGGUGGUACCCUGGAUACGCCGAAGCCUGGAACUUGAAUGACCGCUCCACCGCGAACCCGCUGUGUCGUGCUAAAUCCCUAAUAUUCCAUAGCGUGUAUGGCAUUCCCUCGAAGAGGGUGACGAUGAUACUCCCCCCCGGCGCCAGCGACGGUAUAGCGCGUUUAAAGAAAUUAACCAAGAGUUCUGCGUCCAUCCGUUAGCACUCAUACUACCCUCAUCUCCACCCCCCGUACCUUGGUUAUACCUAACCUGCCGA